AUGCUCGGACUCAAGGGGCAAGCGGAGGAGCCUCCACAAGCCCUGCGCCGCAGCCGCACGGACAACACCCUGCUGCUGCUCGGUCAGCUUGGGAUCCCGCAGCACGAAGUGCGUCGGGCAGAAGCUCAGGAUACCGCGCUUGUGGCGGAGGGAAGCGAGCGACAGGGGCUAGACCGAGAGGAACGAGGGGGUGCUGCCGCUGCGGAAGCUCAGAAGGUGGAUCGGCAGCAACAAGCGACGGCUCAGGCAGGGGGGGCACGAGAGGUGCCCCAACAGAGGACACUGUCGGCGGAGGCAGCGGAGGAGGAUGCGGGUGAGAGGUCGACGCCGAUAGCGGCAGAUCGGACGGCGGCGAGGGCUGGGCCAGCGGGAGGGACGACGCAGCAGGCCCGGACGACUGCUGCUGAGAAGAGUGCUGAGACAGCGCUGGUGGAGGCAGUGGAGGAUGCGGUUGAGACACCAGAGGAGAGCGUGGCUGGAGAUGCGGCCCCACGAUCUGUCGCUGAAGAGCAGGCGGAGGGCGUGGAGGUCGGCGACGACGAAAGGAACCUGCACGGGCCCUCAGAUGAGGAUGAGUACGCCCACGGGGUGAGCGAUACACCGGCUCACGGGGAUGAGAGGGGGCCCCGGCCCCCUCGUGCUCGACCAGGGCAGCGGCGGCUCGGAGUAGGACUGGCGCCAGCCCGCCCUGGGCCUCUGGCGGGUUGGGAACAGCAGGGUACCCCGCCGCGCGCUCCCGCCGUGGACGCUUGCCCGUCAUCACAGCAGCACCGAGAGGCACGGGAGGAGGUGGAGGUGGAGCGUCGGGCGGCAGAGCAGGCAGAUGUCGAUGCUCAAGAGGAGGAAGUGGUGUUGGCGGCGAGCGCCGCAGAUCGAAGGACGAGGGCGGGAACAUGCCGGCAGAGAGCACUCCAGGAAAGAGCGGAUGACCUAGCUGCGGCACAACAGCCGCGAAACACGGCGGCGAGAGCGGCCACCAGAGGCCGCGGACGAGGGCGGGGCAGAGGCGGGCGCGUGGGCGAGCUGGUGAGAGCGGUUGCAAGGGAGAAGGCCAGAUCUGGAAACUGGCGGGAAAGUCACGGGAGGCCAGAGGAAACUGGGGUUGAACCAAUGAAUGAACCUGCAGGGGAGGAGGGGUCAGAAUAUAUGGAGGAACAGGAGGUGGAGUCGGAGGAUGUCUCUGUCGAGGCAGAAGAAGGGAUCCCCGCAAACAGGGAAGGGGGUGGACGACGUGGAGGCAGACGGGGACGGGAUGAUAGAGAGGCAAACGCACAGGUGGGCGAAUCAGAAGCCUAG